GAACAAGGGGGAAUUCAGGUCCGGUUCUCCAGAGCACACGUAAAGCGUAAGGGGUGGUUCGCCCACUCCGCACGUUAGGCCUCCCAGAUUCGUUUCUCAGGAGAAAUAGGAAGCGGAAGGAACAUGGCAGUGAAAUCGCAGGCAGUUCUCCAGAGAGCGAUCCCUGCCCCGCUCUGUCUCCUCUUCUGGAGAGCCUGCAAUUUCUGCAUGGCUUUCUUUUUCGCGCUCGCCGCCUACGUGCAGAUUAAUGAUCCAGAUGCAGGAAUAUGGAUUGUUGCCUAUGUAAUCCCUGCUGCAUUGUCCUUCCUCGUUGGGUUGAAUCCACCAAUCACAGACAACUUCAUCUGGAGAAGUCUCUCAGAAUUGCACAUGUACAUGUGUUCCAUGGUAGGAAUCCUGUGGGGUUGGCGGCUUCAUCAAGCUUCAACAAACAACAUUUUCCAAGAGGAGGAAGGACGGGAGUUUCUGGGAUUAGUUAUUAUCGUUAUUUGGACUCUUUUGUGUCGACAUUCGGGGAAACAUCUCGGCGGCUUCAGACUUUCCAUUGCAGUUCUCAUUACAGUCCUGCCAUUCAUAACAUGGCUAUAUUACUACAUCAAUAAAGAGCUACGAGCAUCCUGGCCAGAUCACUGCAGGAACACCAUUUAAACAGGAGAUUAAACCAACAAUCGGACCAAGCAAAGAGCUUUGAACAAGUUUGAAAUGGAUUGAACCUAAAACUGAAGAAAUGGUUUUUAUUUGUUCUUCAAGGCUACCAGUCCAGCUGAUUUAGAUAUGCGAAAGAAAAUUACUUUUCUCUAUUUUGUACUUAAUUUAACUUUUAAUUAAUACUAAAUUAUGUUAAUUUUAUAAUGUAUGUGUCAAUAUGACCUCUGUGAAUCAGAAGGUUUCAAAUCAAAACCACACUACAGGUCUUCAGCAUUUUGUCUAUGUUGAAACAUUUUUGCAAUGUUGUUUUCACUGCCUUGGUAGUUUGAGCUAAACACUAUUAUGUUUGAUAUCAUGGGCAGCAAUAAGUCUUAGAUCUCAAAAUUUCUAUCUGCAAUAAAUGUACAACAAUGUUUAGGAUCAUUUCAUAAUUGCAGGGUCUAACAAGCUCAUCCUUUACAGCAGAUGCUAUAGAUCUAACAGAAAGCAACAGGUUUGCUGUGCCUGAUGGAUUUACUCAACUUUGUUUUGGAAAAGUGUAUUUUUGUAUAUCCAGAGUGGAGGGUAUGUCCUUCUGUAACAUAAUGUUAUUGUGAAUUAGAUACUGUAUUUUGAUUGAAGUCAACAGUUGUAAACUUUACUGUAGGAUAUUUCUAAUGAGGAAACAGCUCUUCCAGCCAAAAUAAACUUUGUUGACAUUGUUAUAUAAUUAGAUUCCCUACAGUGUGGAAACAGGCCAUUUGCCUCAACAAGUCCACACCGACCCUCCAAAGAGUAACCCA